AGAAACCCCCCCACAGCCGCCUCCGUGGUCAGCGAGAGAUGACGGCGAAGAAAGACGCUUCGCAGCCGCCGAGCGGCUCUCGCCUCCCGGGGAGGAAGGGAGCGGCGCAGCGGGCCCAGGCUUACCCCGAUCGCUUCUGUGUCUCCCCUCGGCAGGAACCGGAGAAAGGGCCGGCGUCCGCGGCGGGGAUCCACGCCCAUGCGGUGGGGCCCGUCGCCGGCCCCGGUGCCGCGGACGAGUCGUCCGACAGCGACGCGGAGCAGGAAGGCGCCCAGAAACUCAUCCGGAAAGUGUCCACCUCGGGACAGAUCAGGAGCAAGACGAGCAUAAAGGAGGGACUGUUGCUAAAGCAGACCAGCUCGUUCCAGAGGUGGAAGAAGCGUUACUUCAAACUGAGGGGCCGAACGCUGUACUACGCCAAGGAUGCCAAGUCCCUGAUCUUUGACGAGGUGGACCUGUCGGAUGCCAGCGUUGCAGAGUCCAGCACAAAGAACGUCAACAACAGCUUCACAGUGAUCACUCCGUUCCGUAGGCUCAUCCUCUGCGCGGAGAACAGGAAGGAGAUGGAGGACUGGAUCAGCUCGCUGAAGUCCGUCCAGUCCAGAGAGCAUUACGAGACGGCACAGUUUAAUGUGGAACAUUUCUCAGGGAUGCACAACUGGUACGCCUGCUCCCACGCACGGCCCACCUUCUGCAACGUCUGCAAAGACAGUCUGUCCGGGGUCACGUCUCACGGCCUCUCCUGCGAAGUGUGCAAAUUCAAAGCCCACAAGCGCUGCGCUGUGCGGGCCACUAACAACUGUAAAUGGACAACCCUGGCUUCCAUCGGGAAGGAUAUCAUUGAGGAUGAGGAUGGGAUCGCCAUGCCUCACCAGUGGUUGGAGGGCAACCUGCCCGUCAGUGCCAAGUGUGCUGUGUGCGACAAGACGUGCGGCAGCGUGCUGCGGCUGCAGGACUGGCGCUGCCUCUGGUGCAAAGCUAUGGUCCACACAGCCUGUAUGGACCUUUAUCCCCGCAAGUGUCCUCUCGGUCAGUGCAAAGUCUCCAUCAUCCCACCCACGGCCCUCAACAGCAUCGACUCCGAUGGCUUCUGGAAGGCCACCUGUCCCCCGUCAUGUGCCAGCCCCCUCCUGGUCUUCGUCAACUCUAAAAGCGGAGACAACCAGGGGGUGAAAUUCCUGCGGCGCUUCAAGCAGCUCCUCAACCCGGCUCAAGUCUUUGACCUGGUCAACGGGGGGCCGCACCUCGGUCUGCGCCUGUUUCAGAAGUUUGACAACUUCCGCAUCCUGGUGUGUGGAGGCGAUGGGAGCGUGGGUUGGGUCCUCUCCGAGAUCGACAAGCUCAGUCUUCACAAACAGUGCCAGCUGGGGGUGUUGCCCUUGGGCACGGGCAACGACCUGGCGCGGGUGCUCGGCUGGGGCCCGUCGUGCGACGACGACACCCAGCUGCCCCAGAUCCUGGAGAAGCUGGAGAGAGCCAGCACCAAGAUGCUGGACCGCUGGAGCAUCAUGACCUACGAGAUUAAGAUCCCACCCAAACUCAGCUGCCCCACCACGCCCGAGGGACCCGAGGACUGCCAGUUCCACAUUUCAGCCUAUGAAGACUCAGUCGCCGCUCACCUGACGAAGAUCCUCAACUCGGAGCAGAACUCUGUGGUCAUCUCCUCCGCCAAGAUCCUGUGUGAGACAGUGAAGGAUUUUGUUUCCAAAGUGGGGAAAAGCUACGAAAAAAGUACAGACAACAGUGAUGAGUGCGACACGAUGUCUCUCAAAUGUGCCGUCCUGAACGAGAAACUGGACUCCCUCCUCCAGACGCUCAACUCGGAGAGCCGGGCUCUGCCUUCCCUCGCCCACUCCACUCCUCCCAUCGUGGAGGAGGAGGACGAGGAGGAGGAGGAGGAGGAGGAGGAGGCCAGCGAGGAGAGCCUGACGGAGCUGAAGGAGAAGAUGGAGGAGGAGGAGACGGAGAAGAGAUGCGGAGGGGCCCCGCACCAGCUGUUCAAAAGCCGGGAGCAUUUGAUGCUGCGGGCCAACAGUCUGAAGAAAGCCCUGCGGCAAAUCAUAGAACAGACCGAGAGAGUGGUGGACGAGCAGAACGCCCAUUCGGAGGACGCCGAGCUGACGUCCCCCCUGGAGUUCAGGAAGGACAGCGAGGAGGAGAACAGGGACAGCGAGAAGGACGAGGACACCAAGGAACUGGAAGCGGUGACGUCCGCUAAGAGUCCCUGCUCCCCCACGGAGAGGAGAGUGAGCCGCAGCACCCAGUCCUACAGCUCCUUCACCAUCACCCCCUUCACCACCAGCAAGGAGAACCUCCCCGUGCUCAACACACGCAUCAUCUGCCCCGGCUUGCGGGCCGGUCUAGCUGCCUCCAUCGCUGGCAGCUCCAUCAUUAGCAAGAUGCUGCUGGCUAACAUCGACCCCUUCGGCGCCACACCGUUCAUCGACCCUGACCUCGACUCCCUAGACGGCUACAUGGAGAAGUGUGUGAUGAACAACUACUUCGGCAUCGGCUUGGACGCCAAGAUCUCCCUGGAGUUCAACAACAAGCGUGAGGAGCAUCCAGAGAAAUGCAGGAAGCUGUACAAGAGCAUGAUGUGGAACGGCCUCUUGGGCAAGAAAGAGCCUCUUGCGAGGACGUAACAGAACCUGGAGCACACACUCCCACUCACGUGUGACGGCCAGUACAUCCCUCUGCCCAGCCUUCAGGGGAUCGCAGUGUUGAACAUUCCGAGCUACGCGGGCGGUACCAACUUCUGGGGCGGCACGAAGGAAGACGAUAUCUUCUGUGCCCCUUCGUUCGACGACAAGAUCCUGGAAGUGGUGGCCGUCUUCGGGAGCAUGCAGAUGGCUGUGUCCAGAGUCAUCAAGCUGCAACAUCACCGCAUUGCACAGUGUCGAACAGUGAAGAUCACCAUCCUGGGCGACGAGGGAGUUCCCAUUCAGGUGGACGGCGAGGCGUGGAUCCAACCGCCCGGAGUCAUCAAGAUCCAGCACAAGAACAGAGCCCAGAUGCUCACCAGAGACCGCGCGUUUGAGAACACGUUGAAGUCAUGGGAGGACAAGCUGAAGUACGACAAGCCGCCUCUGCGGCCGCACCUCUACCCGCAGCAGUCCGUGGAUCUGGCGACGGAGGAGGAAGCUGCCAUGGUGCAGCUGUGCGCCCGAGCUGCAGAGGAGCUCAUUACAAGGAUAUGCGAGGCUGCCAAGACCAACGGGCUGUUGGAGCAGGAGCUGGCUCACGCUGUUAAUGCGUCGUCUCACGCCAUCAACAAAACACACCCCAAGUUCCCGGAGAGUCUGACCAGGAACACGGCCAUGGAGGUGGCCAGCACUGUCAAGGCUCUGUACUACGAGACAGAGUCCCUGCUGCUGGGCCGAGUCUCUCUGCAACUGGACCCCCCAGAGGAGGAUCAGCUGUCCGGUGCUCUGCAGAGCUUGGAGCUGGAACUGGCCAAACUGGGAGAGGUCGCCUGGCUCUAUCACAUACUGCAGCCCAACGAUGAGGAGGACCUCUCUCUGGGUUACGGCAAGAGGAACAGUCGCAGCAGCAUGUUCCGCAUAGUGCCCAAGUUCAAGAAGGAGAAGGCCGCCAAGAAGACCAGCCCUCAGUCAGUGGAAAGAUGGGGCACAGAGGAGGUGGGCGUCUGGCUGGAACAGCUGAGUCUGGGGGAGUACAGAGACACCUUCAUCCGACACGACAUCAGAGGCUCGGAGCUGCUGCACCUGGAGAGGAGGGACCUGAAGGAUCUGGGGAUAUCGAAAGUGGGUCAUAUGAAGAGAAUUCUCCAGGGAACUAAAGACCUGGCCAAGGCCUCUAUGGUUGACCUUUAACCCCGGAGCAGACGCAACCCCGGAGAGGGGGAACACACUCUCCCCUCACAUCAGUGGAAGAGUUUUGGCCUCACCGUCGGCAGCGAAGCUGAAGACACCUGUUGGAGGAGAGCAGAGAGCUUCUCUGUGAUUGGUUGUUGACAAGAGAACGAUGGUGUUUUCGUCCGCGCUUUGGUGCCAAAAUGACAGUUUGAGAAAGCGGAUUGAAACGCAAAAGGAAUUCAAGGAUCUCCCCACAAAAACGAAAACACACACACACAGAAAAGCCAUUUCUACGUUAAUAACCCUUCAUAGCGCACGUUGCACAAUCAGGUAUGCAACUAGCCAUCCGGUUGACUUGUUUGAGAUGUGAUAAAAAGCUUGUAGCAAAACCAGGACUUCCAUGAGCGUGAGAUUGAGCUUCGGGCGGAUGAACGCGACGUUUGCUGCGGACGCAUCGCAGCGGCCUUCGGCAGAAGAUGGAGGCGUGGCAUCUCAGUGUGGAAGCCGCGGUGUCUGAGAACAGUGGGAUACUGUCGCAUGCUGUGCUUGCUCGUCUUUAGAAAUGUUUAGUUGCAUGAUAAGUGUCUUGGAUUUUUCGGUUGUUGUUGUUUUUUUUGUCCGUGUGCAAAAUAACACUUGAACAAGUUUUACAUGACUUAAGUAUUACGAUGCCAUUUGUUACUACUGAAAGCAUCCUUUUUGGUCUAAAUCCAGCUUUUUUUUGGCUUUAAUUUAUUUUGUUUGCAUGAUAAUGACGUGUCAAAGAUUUGUGUCAAGUGCCAUAUUUUCAGUAAUUUACCGUAAAAUGUGCUUUAUUGGUAGAAGUCGUAUAUAUUCUUUUCCUUUUCUUUUAAAGCAGUUGAUGAGGUAUGAAUAUUUUCAUUCUACACCUUCUCUGUGGAUGUGGAAUCAGUACCAAAGCGAAUGUCUAAGAAAGCAUCGAUGACUCUGUUCAGGUCGCACCUCUCAAAUUGAAAAGGCCACCGGGUCUCGGUUCUGAGCUCCACGCGUGGAUCUGAAGCCGACUGCGCCGGCUGUAGGGUCGCUGAAGUAAAACUUAUAAAAAGGCACUUUCUACUUCUUGCUCCAUGCAAGUGCAAGUACUCAUAUCAUUACAUAGAAGUAACGGUUCACCUCAACUUUCUAACUUUUGGCAAUUUAGCACAGUGUUUAACAGUAACGAGAACAGCAGCUAGAUAUCGGGUUGAAUAUGUAGUAGAGCGGUUGAUCUGCAGCCUGCUUCCUUCAACCGCGGCUUUCUUUUUAUUCGUUGUUGUUUUCUUCCGAUUAAAAGUGAGACGUUGAUAGAGCACUACUUUGACUUGUUCGUUUAAGGCUGGUGGCAUUACAGGGUAUAUUUCUAUUUGUGAUGCUAAGUUUGUAUAUACAUAUAUGCACUGUAUAUAUAUACCGGUGUAUGCAAACCAUGUUUGUAAGUGUUGUAGUCUAACGCGUUUGUAGAUGGCUGACAUGGCAUGCGUUGUCAACAGCUUACACAUUUGAUUGUGUAUAUUACACCAUAACAAUUGUGUUGUGUUGAUUUUUGUCCUAAUCUCUUGUACAUGAUAAUGCUGUUGUAUUCUAAUGAUGGUGCAAUAUUUUAUCUCUUGUUUUGAUACUGCCUUUGCAGAUUCUGACAUGAUGUUUAUAGUUGUGGGGGUGGACAGACGAGAAAGACGUUGAGAGAGAGAGAGAGAGAGAGAGAGAGGUUUUUUUUUUUUGUACACGUACUCUUCCCCGAGGUUUUGGGGAUGAGAUUUGAACAGUUGCGCUUUUUCUGAUGGACAUUUCUUCCAGCGGUUCACUUGUUUGUAGUUUCGCUCCUCUGUGCUUCCAAGACGAUGCAGUAAAGUAGGAUUUUGUCAGCGAAUGAGUAGAAUGGGCAGACAUGACUGUUGCGUUUACACAUAAUAUGUGUCACUAUGUGUUUGUGCGAGUUGUCUACUACAAGAGUAGCAUAUCGUACCGUUAUCAGCAAUUGUGUAUUUACUAUUGCCAACUUAUUUUAUCACGUCACUACGAGUCUGAUCAUUUCCCGCCUUUGGAGAAUAAUGUGUUGCUUGUAUGUUGGUUUUAUUUCUGCCUUUCACCUUUAAGAGGAUUUAGUCUAAAUUAUUUUCAAACUUUUUAAUUUACUGAAUAUUGAGUGCAACAUUUUAACAUUUUCAUCAGUCCUUCAUUGAGGUAUCCUAAAUAAUAAUAGAAUGAUAGAGCGAAUCUUUGUUUGAUGACUCUAAUGUCCCACCAGAGGGUGAUGUGUGACAUCUGCCCUCUACCCGCCCCUGACUCGCGCUGUCCCGGUGCAUUGUGGGACUCACGCUGUCCCGGUGCAUUGUGGGACUCACGCUGUCCCGGUGCAUUGUGGGACUCACGCUGUCCCGGUGCAUUGUGGGACUGACGCUGUCCCGGUGCAUUGUGGGACUCACGUUGUCCCGGUGCAUUGUGGGACUCACGUUGUCCCGGUGCAUUGUGGGACUCACGUUGUCCCGGUGCAUUGUGGGUCUCACGCUGUCUCAGUGCAUUGUCACACUGCCCCGUUGCCGACAAUCACGCGGGUCAGGCAGCUGCGUUCGGCGCCGUUAAUUAAUUGCACAAAUGAUUUAGCAUAUCAAUCAAAUUCCAAUUCCCAGACAAUUUUUUUUUAUUUAUUAUAAAUGAAGGGUGAAUUUGUAGUUAAUUACACUGUAGUUAACAGUUAUUUUACUGUUAACUAACAAUGAAAUGAUGUAUCAAUAAUAUUACUAAUUAUUAUUUGUGCUACAAUUUUGUUACUUUGUGUAUUAAGAAAUAAUUUAUAUUGUAUGGUAGCUAAUAGAUAAGAGAUGAUAAGUAUACUAUGGAUAGUUUAUUAAUAGACACAUUGUAAAAUUGUAGGUGGCGCAUUAAGUAUUUCUUAAUGUCAUAUUAUCAAGUAUUUGUAAAUCAUCUAUAAAUAUUACAUAAAUAGAUGGAGCAGAAAGCCAUUAAUGCAAAUUGUAUUAGCUAGUAUUAGUAUUAACUAUCUGUCUACAUAAUGUUAAAAGAUGCUUUACAAUUUAUUUAUUAACAAAGUCAUCUAAGCAAAGUUUUAUUUUAAUUCAUAACAUUUUACGAUUGUAACAACAAACAAUUAAAUAACAUAAAUUAUUGCAUUAUUAAUAAUAGGUCAACACUAUCAAUUACCAUUGCAUUAUUUGUUAAUAGUAAAAUAACUAUUAACUAAAGUAGAAUUAACUACACAUUUAUUAUUUACUAAUGAUGUUCAUUAUUGAGUCUUUUUCUCCACUGACUAGAUCAGAACCAUUUUCAUCUGUUUGAUGACUGUUGGCCUUUUGCUAGCCAGAAUCUCUGGAUUUAGAUUCAUUCCAAGUUGAAGCCUUUUUUAGGAACACGUGCUUUAAAGGAGCCGUAGAGUACGCAGCCUCGUUCCCGCGCUGCUCAGUGCGUUUUCAAUUGAAUCUCCAGUAGCUCCGUCCGUGUGUGUUUCUGUCACUCACGUGUCCCACGUGUCCGCUGGCUUCUCCAAGACUCGAGCGUUCGGGCCCCAGACUUCAGGCGAGAGAACGCUCGACCUUUCCGCACAGAGUGGAAGUAGCCACCGUUCUCCCUCGCUCUGUCUUUCAGUGAUCUGUAAAUAAUGCUGCGAAACUGCCUGGUUUCCAAAAAACCAACGAAACCCAUGCAAAGGAUCCCUAAAAGAUGGGAUAACACGGGAGUCUCUGACGAGGUUGCUGAGGUGAUGGGAGCAAAGUGAGUUUCAUUUGUUUACAUUAUGUUUACAAUGGCACAGUUUUAAUUUUUAAGAAUAUAUAUGUAGGUAUAAACAAUAUUUGCAUAUUUAUUGCCUAAGGUUAAAUGACAUGGUGUGUAUUGUGUUUUCACAUUUGGAAUAUAAUGUUACAGUUGUCACCUGUAUUACUAUCUGGAUAAUUUUGGUAAAGUAGUUUGAUCAUUUCUAUGACUACUAAGCGACUGUUUUCUGUGCCUUUUUAUGGUUAGAAUGCAUGGUUAACUAUUUAUUACAAUUUGGAGUCACUGAGAUGUGUAUUUUUGUAUUCUGAAUAAAUAAAUGGUUCAGCUAUUGUUGUACGUUUUUUAGGUGACUUAAAACAGGCUACCUAUUCAUAUCUCUCUUCAAUAAAACCAAAUACAUAUGCAGUGAA